AUGGCAGCGUGUUAUAAAAGCCUGCGGUUUGAGAUGGAGAGGAUCCAUCGAUUGUGUUUCGCUGAAUGCAUAAUUGCAGACGAGGGAAUUGGUGAAUGCGAAGUGAGAUGUAUUGAGACGCUGUGUGUGUCGUCAGAUCUGGACGAGCCGGUGGUGACGGUGCAUCAGAGCAUCGGGGAGGCGAAGGAGCAGUUCUACUACGAGCGGACGGUGUUCCUGCGCUGCGUGGCCAACUCCAACCCGCCCAUCCGCUACAGCUGGAACCGCGGACGAGACGUGCUCUCGCAGGGCUCCGAUAAAGGCGUGGAGAUCUACGAGCCCUUCUUCACCCAGGGGGAAACGAAGAUCCUGAAGUUGAAGAACCUGAGGCCCAAGGACUACGCCAACUACAGUUGCAUCGCCUCCGUACGAAACGUGUGCGGCAUCGCUGACCGCAAAGUCGUCUUCAGACUGACCAAUAAAACAGCUCCGGCCUCCAUUAAGCUGUUGGUGGAGGACCCGAUCGUGGUGAACCCGGGGCAGACGGUGUCUCUGGUGUGCAUCAGCACCGGAGGAGAGCCGGAGCCGAGCCUCACCUGGACCAGCAGUGCCGGAUCUCUGCCGGAGAAGAGCCUGAUGAAGGACGGGACCCUCACGCUUCCCGCGGUCUCCUCCGAGGACGCCGGGCUCUACGGGUGCAUCGCCAGCAACAACGUGGGAAACCCGGCCAAGAAAUCCACUACCAUCAUCGUUAGAGCGCUGAAGAAGGGCCGUUUCUGGAUCACGCCCGACCCGUACCACAACGACGACAACAUCCAGAUCGGGCGCGAGGUGAAGAUCUCCUGCCAGGUGGAGGCGACGCCUCCCGAGGAGCUGCAGUUCAGCUGGCUGAAGAACGGCCGUGCGUUACGCAGCUCCGAGCGGAUGGUGAUCACGCAGACCGACCCCGACAUCUCCCCCGGAACCACCAACCUGGACAUCAUCGACCUGAAGUUCACCGACUUCGGCACCUACACCUGCGUGGCGUCGCUGAGGGGAGGCGGCAUUCCUGAGAUCAGCAUCGACGUCAACAUCUCGUCUACUACUGUUCCCCCGAACCUGACCGUGCCGCAGGGCAAGUCCCCGCUGGCGGUGCGGGAGGGUGAGACGGUGGAGCUGGAGUGCCUUGUUUCAGGGAAACCCAAGCCCAUCAUCCUGUGGUCGCGAGCGGAUAAAGAAGUGCCCAUGCCCGACGGUAGCAUGCAGAUGGAGAGCUACGACGGCGUGUUGCGGAUCGUGAACGUGUCGCGCGAGAUGAGCGGAUCCUAUCGCUGCCAGACCAGCCAGUUCAACGGCUUCAACGUCAAGCCCAGAGAGGCCGUGGUCGAGCUCAUCGUGCAGUACCCUCCAGCGGUGGAGCCGGUGUGGCAGGAGGUCCGGCAGGGCUUGGGUCGCCCCGUGGGCCUGAACUGUCGUGUUCUCCGGGCUCAUCCGUCACGAGUGCUGCGGUUCGAGUGGAGGCUCGGCUCUCGACUGCUCCACGCCGGACACUUCGACUCGCGGGACGAGACCGACUACACCAUACGCAGCCUCGCCAGAGAGGGCUACGGCGAGUACACCUGUGACAUCAUCAACGAGGUCGGGCCGGGGCGCUGCUCGUUCCUGCUCACCGGGAAAGCGUUCGCUCCGGAGUUCUACUACGACACCUAUAGCCCGCUGUGGCAGAACCGGCCUCGGGUUUACGGCUACAAGCUCCAGUGGACUCAGAUGAGCCCCGGCGCCGUGGACCGGAUCAUGGCCUAUCGCCUGGGCAUACGGCAGACGGGGCAGCAGCGCUGGUGGGAGCAGGAGAUCCCCGUGGAGGGGAACAUCCAGAAGGGAGAGCUGAUCACACACAACCUGACGGAGCUCAUCCGACCCGAGGCCUACGUGGUCCGACUCACGCCGAUCACUCGCUUCGGAGAGGGAGAUUCGACCACCAGGAUCGUCACGUACAGCGCUCCAGUCAAUCCUCAUCUGAGAGAGUUUCACUGCAGCUUUGAAGAGGAGCCCAUUUGCAUGUUCACUCAGGACAAGAACGACGACUUUGAUUGGAUGAGACACAGCGCCGCGACCCGCGACACCAAAUACACCCCGAACACGGGUCCCAGCGGGGACCGGGCCGGCUCAAAGCAGGGUUUCUACAUGUACAUCGAGACCUCGAGACCUCGUAAAGAGGGCGACACGGCUCGAUUAUUGAGUCCUGCGUUUAACGUCGCGCCGAAGAAUCCCUACAGCAUCACCAGCCCGCCGGCGUACUGCUUCAGCUUCUACUACCACAUGUACGGCAAACACAUCGGCUCUCUGAACGCGUUCGUGAAGCAGAAAGGUCAGUCGACUUCAGACGCGGGGCCGGUGUGGUCCCUCAGCGGGAACCAAGGGGACCGAUGGAGACACGCCAAAAUCACUAUCCAUCCGGUUUCAUCCUUCCAGGUGAUAUUCGAGGGCAUUCGCGGCCCCGGGAUCGAGGGGGAUAUUGCCAUUGAUGAUGUCACGCUGGAGGAGGGGGAGUGUCCUGACCCUCCGUCCAAUCCUAUCAGAGGAGCGGCUCCACACACCGUCUCCAGUAUAUGGCCAUUGAGCGUCACACUGUUUUUUACCGUAUUCUUUCAUCAGAGGCGUAUGUCUUUGAGUUCGGCUAUAUUUCCCCCACAGAUCAUGAAGCUCAUAUUCAGUUUGAAUGUGGACCUGGUGUCGCUCAUGAACAUGCACUGGUCCAACAAUUCUCCAGAUGAGCGCACUGAGCGCCACAGUUCCCCGGGUGUGUAUCCGGGCUACCAGAGGCCAAGGUCAGUGGAUUAA